AUGGACAAGUUUUUGAAAAGGAAAGAACUGGACUCUGAACAAAAUCUGGAGCCAGAUGAGAGCCCGAGUAUGAGUGGGGGUCAAAAGAAAGCAAAGAUGGUCAAAUUCUCUGGUGCAAGGCAAUAUAGCGAAAGCUAUAUUUCAGUUGGAUUUACUUUCACUGGAGAUGAACACAAACCAACUCCACUGUGCGUGGUGUGUGGUGAAAAGCUAGCUAACAGUGCUAUGGUCCCAAGCAAACUUAAACGCCAUCUCCGAACGAAACACUCUUUGCUUCAAAACAAGAAUGUGGACUUUUGUUCGCCUCGCUGCGUGACAACAUGGAGAAACAGGCAACUUUUAUGA